AUGCGAACAUUGUUCUUGUUUGUGCUACUCGGCUGCUUCCAAGCCGCGAACGCUUUCGAUGUUUUCGGUUUCGGUGGCCUUGCAGGUGGAUUCCGGCAAUCCGCGGAGGAAAGUCAGGGAGUUAAUCCACUUGGAACUGUUCUCAGGGCAACCCACGGCGGAUUGAAAGUAAUGCGCCACGUCGACGACCUACAUCAGGUAGCUAAACAACUAGAGGAUAAACAAUAUCGUAGACCUGAUGAACAAGUCAUUCGCACUGCCAACGGCAAGGUAAUAUCCGGACAUGAUAGCGGGCCGGUCACUAUGGACUACACUAUUUAUGUUGAAUCAAAAGACGACUAA